AUGCGCCAGGCCAACGGGUACAGCCGCCGGAGCCGGGGCGGCGUGCGUGCGCGUGCGCGAGGGGCCACGUGGGAGCGACGCGGCGCCGUUGCCCCGCCCUCCCUCGGCGCGCGCCGGCGUCGGCUGCGUCUCCGGGCAUUUGAAUUGCGCUUCCGCCAUCUUUCCAGCCCUCAGUCAGACGGGCGCGGAGACGCUUCUGGAAGUAGCAUCGCGAUGGCUGCGCAAGGAGAGCCCCAAGUGCAGUUCAAGCUCGUAUUGGUUGGUGACGGCGGUACUGGGAAAACUACAUUUGUGAAACGCCAUCUGACUGGUGAAUUUGAGAAGAAGUAUGUAGCCACCUUGGGCGUUGAGGUCCAUCCCCUUGUGUUCCAUACCAACAGAGGACCCAUUAAGUUCAACGUAUGGGAUACAGCUGGCCAGGAGAAAUUUGGAGGACUGAGAGAUGGCUAUUACAUCCAAGCUCAGUGUGCCAUCAUAAUGUUUGAUGUAACGUCAAGGGUCACUUACAAGAACGUGCCUAACUGGCAUAGAGAUCUGGUGCGAGUGUGCGAGAACAUCCCCAUCGUGCUGUGUGGCAACAAAGUGGACAUCAAGGACAGAAAGGUUAAGGCAAAGUCGAUUGUCUUCCACCGAAAGAAGAAUCUUCAGUACUAUGACAUCUCCGCCAAAAGUAACUACAAUUUUGAAAAGCCCUUCCUCUGGCUUGCUAGAAAACUGAUCGGAGACCCUAACUUGGAGUUCGUCGCCAUGCCUGCUCUCGCCCCGCCAGAGGUGAUCAUGGACCCAGCGUUGGCAGCGCAGUACGAGCACGAUCUAGAGGUUGCUCAGACAACUGCCCUCCCGGAUGAAGAUGAUGACCUGUGAGAAAAGUGAAGCUGGAGCCCAGCGUCAGAAGUCUAGUUUUAUAGGCAACUGUCCUGUGAUGUCAGUGGUGCAGCGUGUUUGCCACUUUAUUAUAUAGCUAAGCAGAACAUGUGCUUAAUCUUUGGGAUGCUGAAGGAGAUGAAUGGGCUUUGGAGUGAAUGUGGCAGUUAAAAAAAAACAAAACAAAACAAAAAAAACCUUCAUUUUUUUGGACCUGCAUAUUUAGGUGUUUUGGAACACAGUUGUUUCCUCCUUGAGUUUCAAAUAUAAGACUGCUACAGUCACAUCACAAUAUUCAGUGGUGGCAUCUUGUUUGUUACUGUCAUUCCCAUUCCUUUUCGUUUAGAAUCAGAAUAAAGUUGUAUUUCAAAUAUCUAA